AUGCCAUCCCUUCUCUCGUCCAAACCACUCUUCCUGCAAACAGCAGAAGAAUACAACAAACCUCCUCCCAAGGGUCAACCUUACUCAAUUACCCUCCCAGGCUCCGAACAACCUGGCCGCACUGCCGUCUACCGACAUCACAAAUGCCGCGAUGGCCUCCUUGAGACUCUCGACCCUGCAGUCCGUACAGGGCACGAUAUGUUCGAGUCUGCUGCCCAGAAAUAUCCUCAUGCUCCUUGCCUCGGUUACAGACCGUACGAUUCAGCCCGGAAGGCCUGGGGUCCUUACGAGUGGCUUGACUAUGAGACUGUGCAGAAGAGACGAGCAGACUUGGGUGUUGGCCUGGUAGAGAUCCACACACGCGAGGGCAUCACGGGCACUCAAUAUGGAGUUGGAUUGUGGUGCCAAAACAGACCGGAAUGGCAGUUGACUGAUCUGGCUUGCAUGUCACAAUCGCUCUUCAGCGUCUCCCUUUACGACAGCUUGGGCCCCGAGACUUCCGAGUACAUCAUCAGACACGCAGAUCUGGCCUGUGUGGUGACUUCGCUAGUACAUGUUCCAGUACUUCUCAAAUUGAAAGCACGAUUGCCCAACCUCAAGUCCCUUGUGGUUCUGGAUUCGCUAGCUCCGACCACGAACGAGACUCCAGAAUUGUCCAAACAGGCCCUUUUAGACUCCCUUGCUAAAGAGGUAGGCGUCAAAAUCUAUUCUCUGGAGACGGUGGAAAAGCUUGGAGCUUCUCUCAACAGACCCUACAAUCCACCGAGACCCUCAGAUGCCAUCACAAUCAACUAUACAUCUGGAACCACCGGUCCACCAAAGGGAGUCCUGCUCACGCAUGCCCAUGCCGUUGCCGCAACGACAUGUUCCCUGACCAGUUCACCUAUCGAUAGACACGGGGUUGCAAUCAGCUACUUGCCCUUGGCGCACAUUUAUGGUCGACUGCUCGAACAUACGGUGCUCUGGACGGGGGCUCGAAUUGGAUAUUUCCAUGGCAAUCCUCUCGAAUUGAUCGACGAUCUCAAGCUCCUUCGACCAACCACAUUUGCUUCUGUUCCUCGACUGUGGAAUCGGUUUGGAGGAGCCAUCAAGUCACAGACGGUCGAGCAGCCAGGCUUCAAAGGCGCGUUGAGCCGACAUAUUGUCAAGACCAAACUUGCAAACGCCAAUCCCGCUCCCCAGUCCGUAGGAGCAACUCCUCCCACUCCUACCUUCACCCACGCAUUCUACGACCGCAUUUGGGGACGAAAAGUUGCUUCAGCUUUCGGACUCGAUCGUGUCACAACCAUGGUUUCUGGUGCUGCACCCCUGGAUCCAUCCCUACAGGCCUUCCUUCGCAUUGUAUUCUCCUCUCGAACCAUGCAGGGCUACGGAUUGACUGAAACCUAUGCCAUUGCUAUGACCCAGCCAGUUGGUGAUUUCUCUGUCUCGAGUGUGGGCGGCGUGGUACCCGCUCAAGAAGCUUGUCUCUUGAGCGUUCCAGACAUGGACUAUACUGUUCAUGAUAAGCCAUAUCCGAGAGGCGAGCUUUUGUUGAAGGGCAAAUCCGUGUUUUCGGGUUACUACCACAACGACGAGGAGACGGCCAAAGCUUUCACGGAAGACGGCUGGUUCAUGACAGGUGACAUCUGCAGUGUGGACGAACUCGGCAGAUUUUCCAUCAUUGAUCGGAGGAAGAAUGUGCUCAAGUUGGCACAGGGGGAGUACCUUUCCCCAGAGAGAAUCGAGGGUGUUUAUCUGUCAUCCCUGACCUAUCUGGCUCAGGCAUUUGUUCAUGGAGACAGCGCCCAGACCUUCCUCGUGGCUAUUCUAGGCGUCCAGCCUGAUACUUUCGCCGUGUUUGCUUCCAAAGUCCUUGGUCGCGAAAUCUCGCCGACUGACCUGCCCGCUAUCCAAGCUGCUGCGAGCGAACCGAAGAUCAAGGCAGCAGUCCUGAAAGACCUGGACAAAGCGGGUCGAAAGAAGAAAUUCGCGGGCUAUGAGCGGGUUAGAAAUAUCCAAUUAGAACUCGAACCUUUCACCAUCGACAACGAAUUGCUAACGCCGACAUUGAAGCUCAAAAGACCAGUCGCAGCCAAGAAGUAUCGCGAUGUAUUGGACCGCUUGUAUGCAGAGGCGCUGGAGGCGGAGCAGAACCAGCCUCAGAAAGCGAGAUUGUAG